AGAAGGCGGCAAACGCUUGUUUAGCCAGUGCUAACUAGCAUGUUUGUUAUGGUCGUCGAUAAGCGAUGCUCGCUGCUGGUAACAUUCCCGCACCAAACCCGUUAAUUCAGAAACCCACCAGGCUGCGAGCAGCAGCUUUCUGCGGCUGCUUUCAAUGUCUCCGAGAGGACAAGAGGCUGUGAACCGGACGGGAAUUAGAGAUUAGUGGCUGUUAGGCCUCGACUCCUCGGUGCUCGGGUGGAAGACAGGGGGAUUACUGCCACUGUGUCCGGGGAACAGCGAGCCACCGGCUGGCUUUGGAAGAAAUACGUUGAUUUAUCACAAGUAACGAUGUCACACAACGGACCUCCUCCUCGGUGGCGGAAUUGUCCCAGAAGAGGACAACCUGUAGCAGGUAAAUUCCUUCCCAUGAAAACAAUGCUGGGCCCCAGAUAUGACGACCAGGUUGCGGCUGAAAACAGAUUUCACCCAAGCAUGCUGUCAGACUACUUAAAAAGUCUCAAAGUGAAGAUGGGUCUGCUGGUUGAUCUGACGAACACUACUCGCUUCUACGACCGCAACGACAUCGAAAAGGAAGGCAUUAAAUAUGUGAAGCUGCAGUGUAAAGGCCACGGAGAAUGUCCUUCUGAAGACACCACAGCCAUGUUCAUCAGACUAUGUGAGCACUUCAUCGAGAAGAAUCCUACAGAAUUGAUCGGUGUUCACUGCACACAUGGCUUCAACCGGACAGGCUUCCUGAUCUGUGCGUACCUGGUGGAAAAGAUGGACUGGAGCAUCGAAGCAGCAGUGGACGCCUUUGCCAAAGCGCGGGCUCCUGGGAUCUACAAGGGAGACUACCUCAAAGAGCUUUUCCGUCGCUAUGGUGACGAGGAGGACGCCCCCCCGGCUCCCGCCCUUCCCGACUGGUGCUUUGAAGACGGUGAUGAGGAGGCGGACGACGACGGCAACCCAGUCGGCCAGGAGUCUGGGCCGAGCUCCUCUGGGUCUGCGCCAGGCAAACGAAAGAAGGAGAAGUUGAAACUGGGCGCAGUAUUCCUGGAAGGCAUAACGGUGAAAGGCGUCACCCAGGUCACCACGCAGCCCAAGCUUGGCGAGAUCCAGAGAAUGUGUCAGGAGAUGGCUGAGUGGGACAAAUCUGGUUUCCCUGGGGCGCAGCCGGUGUCCAUGGACAGACAAAACCUGCGCUUUCUGGAGCAGAAUCCAUACAAAGUGAGCUGGAAAGCUGACGGCACACGGUACAUGAUGCUGAUCAACGGAAAAAAUGAAGUCUUCAUGGUGGACAGGGACAACUCCAUUUUCCGCAUAGCAAAUCUUGAGUUCCCCUUCCGGAAGGAUCCUCGCGUCCACUUAUCCAACACUCUGUUGGACGGGGAGAUGAUCAUCGACAAGGUGAACGGGCAGCCCGUCCCCCGCUAUUUGAUAUACGACAUCAUCAAAUUCAACGGUCAGCCUGUCGGCUUGUGUGAUUUCAACACCCGGUUGUUAUGCAUAGAAAAGGAGAUCAUCACUCCCCGGAAGGAAAUGAUGAAGACUGGACAAAUCGACAAAACCAAGGAGCCUUUCAGUGUCCGCAACAAGCCUUUCUUUGACAUCCAUGCUUCCCGCAAGCUCCUGGAAGGAAGCUUCACAUCCCAGGUCAGCCACGAGGUGGACGGCCUGAUCUUCCAGCCGUGUGGGAGGUACAAGCCCGGGAGGUGCGACGACAUCCUCAAGUGGAAGCCGCCGAAUCUCAACUCUGUAGACUUUCGCCUGAAGAUCACCAAAGUCGGAGGAGUGGGAAUGCUCACAGAGACGGUGGGCCUGCUGUACGUGGGCAACUUCGACAGGCCCUUCGCCAAGAUGAAGGCCACUAAAGAGCUGAAGGCGUACGACAACAAGAUCAUCGAGUGCACCUUCGCCAACAACACCUGGGUGUUCAUGAGGCAGAGAGUCGACAAGAGCUUCCCCAACUCCUACGACACGGCCAUCGCUGUCUGCAGGAGCAUCCAGGAACCCGUCACCAAGGAGAUCCUCUUUGAGUUUUUGGACCGCUGCUCUCAGGGGAUCCAAGCCCAGAAGAGGAAACACCCGCCGGACCCGGACUCUGCACUCAUGCCCCCGCCUCCUCCAAAGAGGCCGUCUCUGAGCUCCUAACCCUCUUCCAGACUCCAGACCAGCAGGUCCGCCUCACAUCGAGUCCUCAGCGCGGGUCACACUCUACCAGCCGGAUCAUUGUGGACGUGCUCGACUGCAUCGUGGAUCAACCCAAUAGGAUGAUUUGUAGCUUUAACUACUUUUAUCAAAGUGUGGUUACUUUUCUUUACUAUUUAUUGUUUUUAAAGUCGGGGCUCGUCCGAGGCCGGGAUCUGACGAGGAGACGACGAAGUCAACAACAACAACCUGGCUGCUCUUUCUGCUUUCGUUUGCAAUCUCAUUGUUCAUUUCAAUAAAAAAGGCACCAAACUACAGCGACUCUAUUGUGUUUUUUUUGGUGGUGAAGCCAGCCUGAGAGGGGGGAGACUGUCGGCGCCCCCAGUGGUAUGUAUCCCACCCUCUUCUUAGUCCAUGACUUGAAUUGAUUUGUGAGUGUUUUGAGGUUCUGGUGGCUGCUGCGCUGCGAGUGGCUCCCAACAUCUGAAGCUUGUCAUCAUGGUGGGUCCAGAGAGAACAGUGGACGGUAAGAAGACCACGACUCGCACAUGAAACACUGUUUGGAUCUGAAGUACUUCUUUCUGUUGCGCCUAAAAAUAGUGGUGUGUGUGUGAGAGUGUUGGUGUGUGAGUCUCUGA